AUGAACUACGUGGGGCAGCUUGCUGAGACCGUCUUCGUCACGGUGAAGGAGCUGUACCGGGGUCUCAACCCUGCCACCCUGACGGGCUGCAUCGAUGUGGUCGUGGUGAGGCAGCCCGAUAACUCCUUCCAGUGCUCCCCAUUUCACGUGCGCUUUGGGAAGCUGGGCGUGCUGCGCUCCAGGGAGAAGGUGGUUGACAUUGAAAUCAAUGGGGAGCCUGUGGACCUGCACAUGAAGCUGGGAGACAAUGGGGAGGCCUUCUUCGUCCAGGAGUCGGAGGAAAAUGAGGGCAGCAUCCCCUCCCGCCUCUGCACGUCCCCCAUCCCCAGGGAUGCUGCUCAGCCCUCUCAUGGGCAGGAGGCCUCUGGUGCUGAAGCAACCCUGCGCAAGAGGAGGCGACGCAGGAGGAAGCCCAAGCGGAAGGAGGCAUCGGACUCCGAGAUGGAAGGCUGUGAGGAGACCAAAAGCGAGAUGUCCGUGGAGGAGCCGUGCAAGCUGCCAGCCCCGAGUGAUUCAGGGCAUUUCUCCUUUGCUGAUAUCCCCAGGGAAGAAACCGGGUCGCUGCAGUCCCCAGAGAUUCACCCUUACUCUGACGGGGAGCUGGCUGCUGUGGACAGCCCCACCCUGAGCCAUCCAUCUUCUCCCAAAAGUGACUCUGAGCUGGAGAUCAGGCCACAGGAGAGUUUUGGUUUAGGGGCUGAAUCCCAUGUGCAGUGGACCUGGGGAAGGCUCCCUCAGGUGGGCUUGGAGGGCCCUGAGCCCCAGCCGGAAAGCCAGAGGAGACAAGGAUCCGUCAAAAGACACCCUCACUUGGGUCCCAGUGACGUUUACCUGGAAGACCUCUCCAACCUGGAUGAGGAGCAGGUGGCUCUCUAUUUCCCCAGAAGUGACACGGAGCAGAGUUCAAAGCCUGUGGCAGACUCCAGCACCCCUCUGUGUGUCCAGCUGCCGUCUGACUUGCGUGCUGACAGCCCCAUGGACUCCGACUCAGAUGUGGUGCCCGCAAUCGCCCUGUCGCUGUGCGGAGGCCUGGCAGGCAGCAGGCAGAUCUCUCGCGAGAAGUUCAUGGAGCACAUGGUCUCCUACGAGCAGUUUGCUGAGAAUCCGGGACUCAUCGAUGAUCCGAACCUGGUGAUACUGAUCAACAAAAAGUAUUACAAUUGGGCAGUGGCUGCUCCGAUGGUCCUGUCCCUGCAGGCUUUUCAGAGGAACAUUCCUGAGAGCACCAUCAACCGACUGGUGAAGGAGAAGAUGCCCAAGAAAGGCAGUAGGUGGUGGUUCUCCUGGAGGAGGAGAGAAUUCCCAGCAGAGGAGGUGAUUGCAGUGGUGGCUGUGACAACCGUGUCCCCAGGCAGGGGUGAGGAGGAGGAGGUGUCAUUCAGUGACGAUGAGCCUCUGCACCCUGAGGAUGUGUUGGCAGUGGAUGCCCCUGCACAGAAAUCUCAGCCAACCUACAAGAAAUCGCUACGACUCUCCUCUGAACAAAUUGAAAGGCUGAAUCUGCAGGAUGGCCCCAACGAGGUGGCAUUCAGUGUGACAACUCAGUACCAGGGCACGUGCCGCUGUGAGGCCACAAUCUACCUGUGGAACUGGGAUGACAAGGUGGUGAUCUCGGACAUCGACGGCACUAUCACGAAGUCUGAUGCUCUUGGGCACAUCUUGCCUCAUCUGGGAAAAGACUGGACUCAUCAUGGGAUUGCUAAGCUCUUCCACAAAAUCCACCUGAAUGGCUACAAGUUCCUCUACUGCUCAGCCAGAGCGAUUGGCAUGGCACACAUCACCAAAGGCUACCUCAAAUGGGUCAAUGAGCAAGGCUGUGCCCUCCCCAAGGGCCCCAUCCUGCUCGCCCCCAGCAGCCUCUUUUCUGCCUUCCACAGGGAGGUGAUCGAGAAGAAGCCAGAGGUGUUCAAGAUCGCCUGCUUGAUGGACAUCAAAAACCUGUUUGCCACAAAGCUGCCCUUCUAUGCAGCUUUUGGCAACCGAGCAAAUGACGUCUAUGCUUACAAGCAAGUGGGCCUGCCAGAGAGCCGCAUAUUCACGGUCAACCCCAAGGGAGAGCUGAUCCAGGAGCUCAUGAAGAACCACAAGUCAACGUAUGAGCGGCUGUCGGAGGUGGUGGAGCUGAUUUUCCCUCCCCUGGGGCACAGUGGGCACGUCGCUCUGGUGUGUCCAGAGUUCAGCCACUUUGCCUACUGGAGACCUCCGCUGCCCGCUGUUGACUUGGAUGUCUUCUCCUGA